AUGGUAGCCAAAGGCAAGAACAGCGGGUGGCUGCACGAGGGCGUGAUAAGAGGCAGCAUGUUGGGCAAGACGAUGCUCCCCACCGACGAAGAGCUGGGCAAGAAGGACGACGACCACCACUUCAAGCCAGCGAGGCGCCACAACGGCUUGGUGUGGGGCCAUGCGCCUCGAUGGCGGCGCAAGAGGCUCUUGCUCGCGGUGCUGGGCUUCUGCGCAGUCUCCGUGUUCCUCCACUACAUGCCGGACAUGCGGGCCCAGCGAGCAGACGGAUCGAGGCCAUCGUACGCCUCGUACGUGAAGCCGAGCGCAGACGCAGGGUACGACGGAGGAGCACGCCCCUACGAGCUCAGCGAACCCACAGGCCCGCCGCCGGGCAUACGAGCGCCCAGGGCUGGAGCACCCACGCCGCACACGUUCGAUGGCGCGUUCAAGUUCUACCGGCUCGCUAGAUCGCUGCACGGCGCGGCGCACACCGACGGCUACCGCAAGAACAACCGCAACGUGCUGUUCGCGGUGUCGAGCUUGAAGAGCGCAUCCACGAUGCUACCCUUGAUAUGCGACAUGUCCCAGUGGAACCGGAGCUGGGUGCACGCAGCGUUUCUUGGCAGGGAGGACAUACCGCUGGAAGACUUGCUGGACAUCAAUGGCGUUGACAGGGAAAGGUGUCCGGCGAUAUGGCACGAUGCCCGGCCAGACUACAGCGAGUACAGCACCGACGAGCGCGCCGAGCUGAGUGUGCAGUCUGCUCUGACGCACAUGGACAGCUUCCUGCACCCACAGGUCGCUAUCAUGGAUGACGCGCUUUCCGAAGAUGCCUUCUUCGCACAAGGCAUGCGCAACAAGACGGAGGCGCUUGGUAUGCCGCUCAUCGAGGUGCCCAAGAACAAGUGGGAGGACUACAUGUGGAUGACGCGACUCGACGCGGGGUCGUUGAAGAGUUGGCAUCUUCCCACCAUAGAUAUCCUGGUGCAAGUGCCGCCAGACUCGUCCAGUGUGCUCCCUCUCCUCAAGUCGAUCCAAGAAGCAGACUACAGCGGGCUCGCGCUGCCUCGCAUUACCCUUGAGCUGCCAGCUGAGCUGGAUCCGACUGUGGAGCGAAGUGUGGAGAAGCUGGAGUGGCCUCCGCGCAAGACACGGCGUUCUGCAGGCAGCCAGCUGAUAGUGCGUCGGCGCAUCGCAAACCAUGGAGUCACGCAAGAAAAUGCAGCGAUACGGUUUCUCGAGCUGUUCUACCCCAACAACGUCGAUAGCUCACACGUACUGUUGCUUUCGCCACAGGCACAGCUGUCACCGCAGUACCUGCACUACAUCCAGUACCUGCUGCUGGAAUACCGCUACUCAUCCCUCGCAGCGGACGACACCGGCAACCUCAUGGGCGUCAGCUUAGCGCUUCCGUCCCUUCUCGUGGACGGCCAAACCAAGCUGGUACCGCCGACCGCCAGCGACAUGCACGCUGAGAGAUACACGAAGCUGUACGGCAGCACGGUGAGCGCUCCCUUUAUGAUGCAAGCGCCCAACAGCGACGCAACACUCUUCUUCGGUGACAAAUGGGCCGAGUGGCACGAUUUUCUGAGCCACCGGGUUUCGAAGCAGCACAAGUCGUCCAGGACUCCGUCGCGCGCCAAGGUCGUCUCGGAGACGCUGCCCUCUUGGACCGAGUACAUGCUAGAAUUCAUGCGCGCACGAGGGUACUUUUUGCUGUACCCAGCCACCACGUCCUCUGCGGCGCUGGUUGGCGUUCACAACGAGCUCUACCACGCGCCAGAAGAGUACAGGCCCUCAGCAGAGGCAGAGGCCGACACCCAAGACACGCCGCCCCCAGCAGAGGCGCUCGAUGAGCCCUUCCUCCGCGCUGUGUCUCCGCCGGCUGCGCCCAAGAAGGGCGAGCGGCCGCUCGUGCCGGGCCAGCGCCCACUGCACCGUCUUCUGCCCUUUGACGGCGACCUGCCCGAGACGGAGCAGCUCCCGCAGCUCCUCUUCAACGGCGUGAAGCUAGAUCCAAGCAGCGUGGCGGUGGUGGCGGCCAAGUACGCGGACCAGUUCAGGGAAGAAGUGGGAGGGUGCAAGGUGCGUCUGGGGAAGCGGAGAAAGGUGCAUGUGGGGAGCGCGGCCGAUUUGUUCUGCUUUGGGGACGAGGGAGAGGAUGCGUGGGAGGAGGACUGGCUGCUUGCCGCAGACGGGCUUGGAAGCGUUGCUACCAACACGCCGCUGGCUGCGGGGACGAGCAAGUGGGUGGGGGUGGGGGUGGGGGUGACUGCGGCUGCGACGCCUACCGCGACGUCUACUGCGACGUCUGCUGGAGGGCGAGGUGGUUCGCUUUGA